GGACCAAACGGAACAACUCUACCUGGUCCUUGUGACAGUCCUGUUGCUAUUAGAUUUUUCAUGAGCACAAAUAUAACAGUAAAAGGAAUUAAAGUGAAGAAUAGCCCACAAUUCAACUUCCGUUUCGAUGGGUGCCAUGGCGUAUACAUAGAUUCGUUGAAUAUUAAAGCUCCAUCUCUAAGCCCCAACACUGAUGGAAUCCAUAUCGAGAACACAAACGAUGUGAAGAUAUACAACUCACUUAUAUCCAAUGGUGAUGAUUGUGUGUCAAUUGGGGCAGGGAGUUAUGAUGUAGACAUAAAGAACAUAACAUGUGGUCCAAGCCAUGGGAUAAGCAUUGGUAGUCUUGGGAUGCGUAACUCACGAGCAUGUGUAUCAAACAUAGUAGUUACAGAUUCAGUCAUAAAGCAUUCAGACAACGGUGUCCGAAUCAAGACAUGGCAAGGAGGAUUAGGUUCAGUGUCAAAUGUACGAUUCAUCAACAUCCAUAUGGAUACUGUUCGAAACCCGAUCAUGAUCGACCAAUACUAUUGCCAAACAAAAUUGUGUCCGAACCAGACUUCAGCAGUGAGCAUAUCAGACAUAGUUUACGAGAGAAUUAGAGGAACUUAUGAUGUUAGAAGUCCAGCCAUGCAUUUGGGGUGUAGUGACAGUGUACCAUGUAGAAACCUAACAUUUUCCGAAGUGGAAUUAUGGCCUUCUCAAGGCCAGAUUAUGUCGAGUCCUUUUUGUUGGAAUGCAUAUGGGGAUCUUCAGACUCUAACUGUUCCACCAAUUUUUUGUUUGUUGGAGGGCAACCCUGUAUCCCUUCCUACAGCUGAUGUAGAUCAAUGUUGAACAUCAGAUUGGGUAAGGUGUUGAAACUUACUUAUAGAAACUUUGAAAUCUUGAGUUUAAAUAUGUUAUUUUGGGUGUUGUGUGUUAUAGAAUGUGUCAAUAUGGGCAAGAAAAGUUUAUCCCCUU